AUGGUCAACCACAUUAACUACCAAAUGCAACCCCGAAAUCAUGAAAAUGAUUGGAUACGCAAAGAUGUACAACAUAGCAGAGAAUUUCUCAAAGAGCAUCCAGAAUUGCUAAUAUCGAAGGCAGACAAGGGUACACAAACAGUUAUCUUUUCGGCGCAGGAAUACCGUGAAAAAAUGAAUGAGAUGCUGGGAGAUGAAAACACAUACCAAAAACUGCAAACAGAUCCAACGAACAAAAUUCUGAAAAAAGUGAAUGCCUUUGCAGACCAGUGGCUGGAUAAGAAAUACAUCGAGAAGCGCAUACACGCAAAGCUCAAAAUGUCCAGCAGUAACCCACCGCGCAUAUACGGGCUGCCCAAGAUACAUAAGGAGAAUAUGCCACUAAGACCAGUAGUGUCUACUAUUGGUUCUGCCACGUACAACUUGGCUAAAAUGCUGACCAACGCAAUAAACAGCACUGUUGGACAAACCGCACAUCAUGUGAGAAACAGCUUCGAGUUUGCAAAUGAGAUAGCGGGAGAGCAAUUUCCCACCGACGGCAUUCUGUUCUCAUUGGACGUGAAGUCGCUGUACACUAACGUGCCAAUUGAGCUUGCGUUGGAGUGCUUAGAGGAAAGAUGGAAUGCAAUCAACAAAAACACAAACAUCGACAAAGCGAGCUUCUUGGCAGCGGUAAAGGUAGUGUUAGAAUCAACCUACUUCGUAUAUGAUGGGCACUACCACCAGCAACACUAUGGGGUGCCAAUGGGGAGCCCUCUCUCGCCAGUAAUUGCAAACGUAGUAAUGGAAAAGCUGGAACAGGAGAGUAUGCGCUUACUACAAGAAAAUCAGGUUCCGCUCCUAUACUACCGCCGAUAUGUGGAUGACUGCCUAUGCAUCGCAAAGGAGGAACACAUUCAAGCAAUCUUGGAAACUUAUAAUGCGUUCCAUGAAAGGCUUGAAUUUACCAUUGAAAAAGAACAGCAUGGAAAGAUCAAGUUUCUGGAUAUGAUGCUAACCCGGGACAACGGAAGAAUCUUAACAAAUUGGCUGCCCAAACAAACCAAUGGGAGAUACCUGGACUAUACAUCGGAGAGCCCGUUUCAACAUAAGUUACGCUUUCGCACUGAUCUUCCCGAGAUCCUGUGGCUGAAUAACCCAGUUCUGUACCGGGCGCAGGAAAUAAAUAUAUCGCCAAAUGGAUACAGCAUAAUUACGCUCAACAACGAAAGCAGCAGCCGACAGGCAUUCGACUGUUGCUGGCUGGCGCAGCGAACGCGAAAGAAAGCAUUACGAGAGCUGCUCCAAGAUAAGUGGUAA